CUUCUUCUGCACACCCCAGAUCCAGAGUGGGCAUCCUACAAGCUGGGUGUUUUUGUGUGUCUGAACUGCUCCGGCAUCCAUCGCAGCCUGUACAGCCGGGUCAAAUCCAUAAAGCUGGACUUCUGGGAGGAUGAACUGGUGGAGUUCAUGAAGUCCAAUGGCAAUGCCAGCGCCAGAGCGCUGUAUGAGAAAGCUGUUCCAGUGUACUACUAUCGGCCCCAGGAAAAUGACUGUGCAGUCUUAAGAGACCAGUGGAUUCGAGCGAAAUAUGAAAGGAAGGAAUUCACAGGAGAAACCAAGUAUCCACCAAUUUCAUACACCACAGGUUUCUACGAGGGGUUGCUGUGGAAGAAGGGGAAAGAGAACUCCCAGUUUCUGAAGAGGAAGUUUGUACUAUCAGAGCGAGAAUUCACCCUGACCUACUACAACAAGGAAAAUGAGUCCAAAGGCCCAAAAGCUGUAAUCUCCAUCAAGGACCUAAACACCACCUUUCAACCAGAGAAGAUUGGUCAUCCUCACGGGCUGCAGAUCACCUACCAAGACGACAAUCACACCAGGAACCUCUAUGUUUAUCACGAGAGUCCUGAGGAAAUAGUGACGUGGUUCAACGCCAUUCGUGCCGCUCGCUAUGCGUACCUGAAGACAGCGUACCCGACUGGAAGCGACGAAGAACUGGUACCGAAGAUAACAAGAAACUACCUCAAAGAGGGAUACAUGGAAAAGACGGGGCCAUUGCAGAAGGAGUCGUUCAAAAGGAGGUGGUUUAUUCUGGACUCUCAAAACAGGAAGUUGUUGUACUUCAAAGGCCAGCUGGAUGCGGAGGAGUUGGGGGUCAUUUUCAUCGGCACAGAGAGCAAGGGUUACUCUGUGAAGGAGUGCGUCCCAAAGCACGCCCGGGGAAACAAGUGGAAGUGUGGCGUUACCGUCGAAACGCCCCAGCGACAGUUUCUCUUCAUGUGCGAGGAGGAGAGGGAACAGAGAGAGUGGCUGGACGCCCUCAGACAGGUCCUCUCCAGGCCCAUGGCACCGCAGGAUUAUACCAGUAAGCAAGGCUGGUCAACAAACACCUCAACAAUGUACAGGAGACCCGGAUAUGUAAAUUAUUCACAUGACGUAAUAGUCAUUCCUGUCAUGUGAAAGCUUAAACUUUUUGCAUUUUGUGUCUGUAAUGGAGUGUGAGAGGAUGGAUGGAUGCAUGUUAACAUAGCAUAGGAACAGACAGGGUAACACCAAAAUAGUAGGAUUCAUCCUCUGGGGACCAGGAAUGUCUGUAUGAAACUGUAUGGCAAUACAUCCAAUAAUUGUUGAGAUAUUUCUGUUUGGACCAAAGUGGUGGACAGACCAACGAGCAGACUAACAUUUGCACGCAUGCUACUAGUUUGCCUAAUGAAAACAGCAGUGUUACUCAGUUAUCUUGGUUCCCGGCUUCAGAUUUUUCUCCGCAAAGUUAGUCCAAACAAAGCACCUGUACUCACUUAUUUGUGAGAAAGUUUGUUAUUUUCAACCGUUGCAUUAUGCAUCCGUAUGACCACCGCUAUAAUACUCCUUGUUUCUCAUUCCAGUUGAAGCCAACAUUAAGUAUAAAAGAUGAACAACAGAGAGGUGUGCCAACAGGAUGAUGGGGAGAAGACUAUUGCUGCACAACGGAUGAACAUCUGCUGUCACAGCACUCUUAUCAGAACUCUCAUCUUUGUGUUGUGGUGAUACAUCUAGACUCUGUGCCACAGUAUGGAUUUGAGACUUUCAUCCACUCACGUUAACUGACACCUGAACUGAUGCUCAAUCUCAGACUUCAGAAAAUACUCUGUCAUUGUGUAAAAUCCACUCUUAUGACCAAACGUAGACAUAUAAGAUCAACACUGUUAUAUUGUAAGAGAAGAUUAUGCUGGUUAAAUAUCAUGCUAUUUUUAUGAUGUUUCUUACUUUUUUACAUUUUGAGUUACGCAAUUAAUACGCAUUUAAUUUAACAUUUUGAACUUGUUUCAUGAAAUCAUGCA